GCCGUCCCUUUCCCGCUCCCAAGGAAUAGACAAACCAGUGCGUUUUGAGCCCCUGUGUUGUUCGGACGGCUGUCAGAUUCGAAAUUCGAACAUGUAUCGCGCUGCGUAUUCCAAUUUUGAAUGUGCAAUGUGAGUUUUCAAUUUGUGUUUUUAAUUUGUUCGAAGAGUGUUGAAAUGUGAAAGUGUACCAAACAUAGAUUGACUUUUAUCUUUUUUUAAAUAAAAGUGAGACUUUAGAUUUUAGAAUUUAUUUGAAAAUAAAGAGUACAGAAUAGUUAAAGUGGAAAUUUAACAUAAAUGCUGUGAAAAGUUUUAUGAAAAUAUUUGGAUGGUCUCUAAAGGAUGCAGCAUCAGAAGCAAACAUCAUUUGCAACGUCCCCAAGGAGAUAACAGUGACUGAAAAAUGACUAUAAAUCUAAGUGAAAAUGAACAAAUCUUUCAAAUGUGACGUUUGACGGUGCCAAUACAAUGUUUUUCUGUAAAGAACUGAAACUACUCUAUGCCAUGGUUGUCCUGUUGCUCGAAGCGGAAUUGUUAGUGAACACGGGUGCAAUGGAGUCGAAGAGGUCUUCCAUAUUGGUGGCGCAGAACGCCGACGAUAUGAAAUCGUUGGAUCUGUGCACUUCUAGGAACCAGCAGAGGCUUGGCAAUGUCUUCGGGAACUUCACGAGGCAUCAUAAGAAAGGUCACAGAAGAAGAACCACCACAUCAACAACCCAAACGACGCUUCUCUACACAACAGUCGAAAAUGACGAUGACUCAACAGAAGCCAUCCAGACAACUACAGAUUAUGUCAUCAGCACAUAUGGAUACCCAAAAUUACCAAAACCUCUUCGCCUAUCAGCAUCACUUUUAGAUAAUGACUAUAGUGAAGAUGUACAUAGGUUAGAUAAUAUCAUUGAUGAUGUUCAUGAAUUAGUAGGUAGAGAAAAAUAUCACACUAGACAUAGACCAGACAGAGAACUAGUGAAAGAUAUAGACGAGAACUCAAUGUCUAUGAAUAGAUUUAAGAGAAUGUAUAGAGAUUCAGCAAGUUCUGUUGCUAAUAAAUUAAGUGGUAAAGGAGGCAAGAGUGGUAUAUUUUUGACUGAAAAUUGUACAACAGUUAUAGCUCAAAUAGGAACUACAGCUAUUCUACAUUGUGAAGUUAGUGAUAUCACAGAAAACACGGUGACGUGGAUAAGGAAGAAAGACUACUCAUUGCUAUCAGUCGGCCUUGUAACAUACAGUGCUGAUAGCAGAUUCUUCUCUGCCCACGGUCGACAUGUUAAGGACUGGGCAUUACACAUACGUUUCGCCACUUCAGUAGAUGCUGGAUAUUACGAGUGUCAAGUACCCACGCAUCCACCCACCAGUAUAUUUUUCAAACUGGUCCUUGUCGCUGCUUACGCGGAGAUCGUUGGGGAAUCAGAGAAGAUCAUCCACGAAGGUUCCAUGCUGAGGCUGGUGUGCGUGGUGAAGAGGUCCACGGAGCCACCCUCGUACGUGUUCUGGUACUUCGAGAACAGGAUGAUCAACUACGACCAAAAUGGUGUGAAUGUACACAAUGGCAGGCAGACCAGCGAGCUGGUGAUCGGUAAAGCUGAGCCAAAACACGCCGGGAACUACACAUGUGUCCCAGCCAACGCUAAAGCGGCGUCUGUCACUGUCCACGUUGUACAAAGCGAAACUCCUGCAGCCAUGCAACACGGAAAUAGCUCCCCAGCAUUCACGAAACAAACACACAUCAUCAUACGAUCAUUUGUUUUAAUAAUAACAUUAAAAUUAAUACUAUUCGAUACCUAUCAAGAAUUCGGAUAACGGCCUUCAUUGUAAAUUGUUUGAAUACAUAUUUAAUAUUAAAUGUUGUUACUAAUUAAAAUUUAUUUUCACAUGUUAAGAGAUUGAAAUUUCUCGAUAGGUACUCGAAACAGACGGUGUAUAUCGUGAACGUGUUUUAAUAUGAUUGUGAAUAAGUAACAAUUUCAAUGUGAAUUGUUUUAUGUAGAUUAUUACCAAUAUUUUUGAAUUCGAGCACACACUCAGGGCUGCUUGUUGGAAUACUAAUAAAUAUUUUGUUUCAAUCCACUUGUCUUGUGAACAGAAUAUUCAAAAAAGAAAUCGUUGUGAAUUGACAUCUGUACGUUAUGUAAUAUAUAUUGUAGCUAUGAACGGAAUUGUUACCAUGUACCUUGUUUUUUAUGAGUCUCCGAUAUUUCGGCACUGUUGCAAGUGCCAUGAUCACGGAGUAACUGAAGUAAUUGCGGGUAGAUGUUAUUGGCAGACAUAUCGGUCCACCCUC